UUAUAGUAUUACAUCAUCAAAUUUUCAUUUUACACUUGCCAAUGCUUGAAAUGACUUGAGCUGAGCCAAAACAAAGGAUGAAAGUAUGAAACCCGAGUACUUGUUGUAAAAUACUACGCCUGAAGGAGGGGAGAGCUUCAAUUCAAUUAUAUUCUCUCACUUGGAAAUGUCUUCUUCGACGUUGAAGCUCUCUUCGCUUCUCUUAUCCUCAUCGUCGAUAUCUUUCUCCUCGUCAUCUUCCUCAUAUUAUCUUUCGCCGUCGUAUGCUCCGCCCCCUUUCCUCCGAUUCCCGAGAAAGCUGCCCAAUUACAGAGGAAAAUUCUCAGUCGUCAGAGCAACAGAAAGUGACAAGAAUAGUGCGACUAAUGCCGGCGAUUCUAAACCCCCCAACGGGACUCUGCCUAAGAGCAGGAGGGAGAUACUGUUGGAGUACGUGCAGAAUGUGAAGCCUGAAUUCAUGGAGUUGUUUGUCAAAAGGGCGCCUCAGCAGGUAGUUGAUGCUAUGCGCCAAACUGUGACAAAUAUGAUUGGAACACUACCCUCACAAUUUUUUGCUGUGACGGUUACUACUGUUGCUGAAAACUUGGCCCAGCUAAUGUACAGUGUUUUGAUGACUGGGUACAUGUUUAGGAAUGCCCAGUACCGGUUGGAAUUGCAACAGAGCUUGGAACAAGUUGCUCUUCCCGAACCGCAAGAAGAGAAGGAUGUGCCAGAUUAUGCCCCGGGCACGCAGAAAAAGGUGUCUGGUGAAGUUAUUAGGUGGAACAAUGUGUCAGGUCCCGAGACAAUCGAUGCUGUGAAAUACAUUGAACUACUUGAAGCAGAAAUAGAGGAACUCAAUCGCCAGGUUGCAAGAAACUCUUCAAACGGACAGAAUGAACUGUUGGCCUAUCUCAAAACUCUCGAGCCUCAAAAUCUCAAGCUAUUUAUGAAUGCUGAAGAAUUGGAGAAUGGUUUGGGGUUAAGUGUGAUUCUUGAUUUCUUUUAUGUCACUGUUAACAUGGAGCUAACAAGUAGCGUCGGGGAGGAUGCAGUGGCAGCAAUGAACACAUUCAUAAAACGCCUCUUGGCUGUUUCUGAUCCUAGUCAGAUGAAGACCAGUGCAACAGAGACAAGUGCCCCCGAACUUGCGAAGCUGCUUUAUUGGCUUAUGGUGGUUGGUUAUAGCAUCCGGAAUAUCGAAGUUCGUUUUGACAUGGAACGGUUGCUUGGUGCUCCACCCAAACUGGCUGAACUUCCCCCGGGAGAGAACAUUUAGAUUAGUUACUCUUGAAAAUGGUCCUGGUCUCGAGUGCAACAUUAUGAGCAUGGCUGCAAAAAGAUGGCGGUGUCUUUUCUUCCCAUGUUCAUAUAUUUUUCCCAGGUUUUCAGUUGGAAGGUAAUGAAAAUAAAUGAAGUGAUAUACCGUGGGUGGUGGUCGACGAAGUUAAUGAGUUGUGUUCAAGAACCUGGAAGAAACGUUCUUCGUGUGACAUGAAAAGUUUUGCAUGUACUUGCAAGAGAUCUAGUCUCUAAUCUAAUAUAUCAGAGUCAGUAUUCAACUGCACUUAGAGAUCAUAUGUACUUAUGUCAUCCAGCAAUUUCAUAUGUAAGCACUUGUGUUGAAACUACAAGAUGGAAUAUGAUUGUUGAAAUACUAAUUGAUAUCACCC